AUGUCUCAAGCUUUCGUUCAGCGCCCUGCUCCCGAGUUCUCGGCCACUACCCUCUUCCCCGGAGGCGAGUUCAGAGACAUCAAGCUCUCUGAGUUCCAGGGACAAUGGGUCGUCCUUCUCUUCUACCCCAUGGACUUCACCUUUGUCUGCCCGACCGAGAUUAUCCAGUACAACAACGCCCUCGACCGCUUCCGCGAGAUCAACACCACCGUCCUUGGUGUCUCCACCGACUCCCACUUCACCCAUCUCGCCUGGGUUGAGAAGCCCCGCAAGCAGGGCGGUCUGGGCCCCGACCUGGAGCUCCCCCUCAUCGCCGACAAGAGCACAAAGAUCUCCCGCAGCUACGGCGUCCUGAUCGAGGAUGAGGGCAUCGCCCUGCGCGGUCUCUUCAUCAUCGACCCCAAGGGCGUCCUCCGACAGAUCACCGUCAACGACCUUCCUGUCGGACGUGACGUUGAGGAGACCCUCCGCCUCGUCAAGGCCUUCCAGUUCACCGACGAGCACGGCGAGGUCUGCCCUGCCGGCUGGCAGGAGGGCGGAAAGACCAUGAAGGCCGACCCCAAGGGCAGCCUCGAGUACUUUUCCGUCGCGGGCGAGAAUGGUGAGUCUGAGUCCCGCAAGCGACCCAGGACUGAAUAA